GACGACUGAUUUCCGUGUUUUGGUGCCCAUUGUCCAAUCACAGAGGACUUUGGUAAAGAGUGACCAAUGACAGAAGCUGUUGUUGGGAAGAGGAAGUGGAUGUUCCACAAUGAACAUAAGAGAGCCGCAGCAUUGAUUCACUCUCUACUGAGCCGGGUGUUGACGCGCAGUGUCUCAGGGGAGUCGACGGCAGCUGUACGGGAGGCGCAAGCUCAGCUGAUCUCCGAAGCUGAUAACUACUCUAAUUAUUGAUGUGCUCUUGUGGUGGAGGCAGUGUGAGCGACAAGCCCCAAACAGUGCAGGGCUGCCUUGUGUGUGGAGAUGUUUCGCCGUGUUCUCGGGAAGACCUUAGGGUUUGUUGGCUACACCAUCCAGUAUGGCUGCAUUGGACAUUGUGCUUUUGAGUACAUCGGAGAGAUUGUGGUGUGCUCCGGUCCAUCAAUGGAGCCCACUAUAGUGAACAAAGAUGUAAUUUUCUUGGAUCGGAUGAGUCGGCAUCUUUGCAAAAUACAAAAGGGUGAUAUUGUCGUUGCAAAAAGCCUGUUCGACCCCAAUAUGAAUAUUUGCAAAAGGGUCAUUGGAUUGGAAGGUGAUAAAGUCUCCACAAGUGGUCCUUCAGAUCUUUUCAAGACCCACACAUUUGUUCCAUUAGGCCACGUAUGGCUAGAAGGGGAUAACCUUACGAACUCGACUGACUCAAGGAGCUAUGGCCCGAUUCCCUAUGCUCUCAUCCGAGGGCGUGUUUGCUUGAAGCUCUGGCCCCCGCAUAAUUUUGGAACCCUCAGUGAAAGUCCGACCAGACGGAUCAUUGAAGAUCAGAAUGAUUAUGAUUCAGAAUGACACUCACGUUAUGGAUGCACAAUAAUCUACCUGGCUUUUUCUCAUUUUUAAAUAAAGUAUUUAUACAUAUUAAAAACA